AGAAUGGACAGGGAAAAUUGUUCUUCAUUAACUGAAUUCCUUUUCUUGGGGAUAACUACUCACCCUAACAUGAAAGGAACUCUAUUCAGUGUACUUCUAGGUGUUUAUCUCAUUAAUAUUCUGGCAAAUCUUGGGAUGAUCAUUUUAAUUAGAAUGGAUUCUCAGCUUCACACGCCCAUGUACUUUUUCCUCAGCCACCUCUCCUUCUGUGACCUCUGCUAUUCCACAGCAAUUGGACCCAAGAUGCUGGUGGACUUCUUUGCCAAGAACAAAUCAAUUCUCUUUUUUGGCUGUGCUCUGCAAUUCUUCAUCCUCUGUAUCUUUACAGAUUCUGAGUGUCUGCUGCUGGCAGUGAUGGCCUUUGAUAGGUACAAGGCCAUUAGUGACCCUUUGCUCUAUACAGUGAACAUGUCCAGCAGGGUGUGCUCCAUGCUCAUGGCUGGGGUUUACCUGGUGGGAAUGAUGGAUGCCCUGACACAUACGAUAUUAACAUUCCGCUUAUGUUUCUGUGGAUCAAAUGAGAUUAAUCAUUUCUUCUGUGAUAUCCUUCCUCUUCUGUUGCUGUCUUGCUCAGAUACACAGGUCAAUGAGUUAGUGAUAUUCACGAUUUUUGGCCUCAUUGAACUGAGUACCAUUUCAGGAGUUUUUGUGUCUUAUUGUUAUAUCAUCUUCUUAGUUUUAAAGAUCCAUUCUGCUGAAGGGAGAUUCAAAGCUCUCUCUACCUGCACUUCCCACUUGACUGCUUUUGCAAUUUUCCAGGGAACUAUGUUAUUCAUGUAUUUCCGGCCAAGUUCUUCCUACUCUCUGGAUCAAGACAAAAUGACCUCAUUGUUUUACACUCUUGUGAUUCCCAUGUUAAACCCCCUGAUUUAUAGCCUACGGAACAAAGAUGUGAAAGAGGCCCUGGAAAGACUGAAAAGUAAAAGGUGGUUUAAAUACUUAUAUUAA